ACAGCUCACGCGACUCGCAAGCGAAAACAGGACACACGCGCCUGCGAGUCGUCCUGUUCCUCCGCUCGCCGACACGGCGCAAAUCCCCCUCCAACCCCAAAGCGACGGACGCCCACGUCCUCCUGUAGUAGCCUGCGUCUACCUGGCUCGCGUCCCACCCCGCCUCGGAAUCGCCGCCGCGCCUCGCCGCGAGCUACUCCCUCGAGAUCCGUCCCCGCGAUGGAGGUAAGAACAGUACAAGUUAGCAACAUUUCAUUAAACGCUUUGAAAAGAGAGAUCACAGAGUUCUUUAGUUUCUCCGGGGAUAUAGAAUACGUUGAAAUGCAAAGUGAAUCUGAAUGGUCACAGCUUGCUUAUGUCACAUUUAAAGACUCACAAGGAGCAGAUACUGCUGUUCUUCUCUCGGGGGCAACAAUUGUUGACCGUUCUGUUGUCAUAACUCCAGCUGAGAACUAUCAGCUGCCUCCUGAAGCGCACAAACAAUUAUCAAGAGAAAGUCCCUCUACUGAAUCUGCAGUCAGGAAGGCAGAAGAUGUUGUCAGCAGCAUGUUGGCCAAGGGCUUUGUCCUCAGCAAUAAUGCUCUCAACCUAGCAAGAUCCUUUGACGAGCGUCACAAUAUCCUGUCCAAUGCUACUGCCACUGUCGCAUCUCUAGACCGCCAGUAUGGCCUGAGCGAAAAGAUCAAUCUGGGCCGGACCAUUGUUGGCAGUAAGGUCAAGGAGGUGGAUGAACGCUAUCAGGUGUCAGAACUCACAAAGUCUGCUUUGGCCGCUGCUGAGCAGAAAGCCAGCAUUGCGGGUUCAGCUAUCAUGAGCAACCAAUAUGUCUCAGCUGGUGCCUCCUGGCUAACCAGCGCAUUUGGUAUGGUAACUAAGGCAGCAGGUGACAUGACCUCGAUGGCCAAAGACAAGGUCGAGAGGGCUGAAGAGGAGAGGAAAGCUAUCAUGUGGGAAGAGAGGAAUGGGCUGGUGAGCGAGUAUGCAAAGAUCCAUCUUGAUGAGCCCUCUUCGUGGGAACCUGCAGUUCUUCCUUUGGAAUCAGUGGAUGAGCAGAAGCUCCAGGCUGUGUGAUCCACGCAACCGAAUGGCGACCGCUUCUCCACAUGCUGUUCUUUUACCGCUUGUCCUAUAUAUAGAUUAUUCUUUUUUGCCGCUGCACUGGAUCAAAACAAAGGGGCUUAUCACCUAUAGUGUCAUGUAAAUUUCAGAACGUUGUCCUUGUGUUCCUACCAGCUUUGUUAUACUAGGCCACUGAAUGUGAAAUUGUGAA